AUGCUUAAUAGAGUCUAUUCGGCUUCCCCUGGAUAUUUUAGGUCUUCUGUGAAUUGGGCACAUUGUAAAAGAUCUCGUUUUAGGUCGAUCAACAGAUUCAAUUUGAUUAGCUCUUGUUUAUUUAUAGUGUUAGCUAUAACUUGUGUUUAUAUAUACCUGUAUGAAGCUGUUCCUUCACCUGUAAUUCUUGAAAAAAACACGAUCAACGAUUUACAAGAAUCAAACGGUGUUUGUGAUCUGUAUGAUGGAACUUGGGUUGUUGAUGAAACUUACCCUUUAUAUAAUGCAUCCGAGUGUCCUUUCGCUGAGACAAGUUUUAAUUGUUUAGCAAAUGGUCGAAGAGAUAAAGGGUACCUCAAAUGGAAAUGGAAGCCCAAAAAUUGUGAUAUUCCUAGGUUUAACGUAGGGGUAAUUUUGGAAAAACUUCGUGGGAAACGAAUUGUGUUUGUUGGUGAUUCUUUGAGUAGGACUCAAUGGGAGUCUAUGAUAUGUUUGCUCAUGAAUGGUGUGGAAGAUAAAUCAAGUGUUUACGAAGUCAAUAGGAACAAGAUAAGUAAAAAAAUUAGUCCCAAAACGUUCACCAAAAAGGGCCAUUGGUGGAAUCGUGCAAAACUUUUUGAAAUGGGUUGUUAUUUUAAAGUUGGGGGAAGGUUGAAACUUGGAAUGUCAACAAUGUCAGCAUAUACAACAGCAUUGAACACUUGGGCUUCAUGGGUCGAAAAUACGGUGGAUACGGAUAGGACCCGUGUGUUCUUUAGGACUUUUGAAGGCAGUCAUUGGAGCGGGCAAAAUGGUCACACAUGUGAAGUUACGGAAAAGCCCUUGUAUAGAAGUAACAUGGAAUACAGAAAUAAUUUUUCGGAUAUUAUAAAAAGUGUGGUGAAUAAUAUGUCGGUUCCUGUAACUACAAUGUACGUGACACCCAUGGGAUCGUUUCGUAGUGAUGCACAUGUUGGUACUUGGAGUGAUAAUCCAACGGUUCCUGAUUGUAGCCAUUGGUGUCUACCUGGACUCCCGGAUGCAUGGAAUCAAAUCCUUUUUUCAUAUCUAUGAAACUAUAACAUGCUCACUUGACUCUGACUAUUAUAACAAAUUUAAUUAAUUUGUUGUUGUGCGAUGCUCACAUUUAAUAAUUGGUUUCUCAGAUUUUUAUAUACGUUACGUGUGGAUAAGUGUGAUGUAUUCUGAUUUUCUUUGAUGUAUUGUAUUUGCGUUUCUUUAAACUUUAACAGAUUUAAAGUAGUAAUUCCCAAAUCAAGUGUUAGAUUUUAAACAAAAAUAAAGUCAGAGUCAAUCAAUGGGUGUUACCACAAUGAGUAUUCGGCAAAAAUAGCCCGAAACUUUUGAAACAUGUAUAACUAUAUAAAAAUACUUAUCUAAAAC